GUCGUGAUCUUCCCGUUGGUACUCGCGACGGCCAACCAUGACGUUUCGCGAGCCACGAAAAACCCUCACAUGUUGCCAGGAAGUAGCGUAAUCGUACAUCUGUUUGAAUGGAAGUUCCAAGACAUCGCGAAGGAGUGCGAAGGUUUCCUCGGCCCCAUGGGAUACGGCGGCGUACAGGUUUCUCCGGUCACCGAACAUGGCAUCAUUCGUGAUGGUCUCAGGGUCCGGCCCUGGUACGAACGGUAUCAACCGGUCAGCUACAAAAUCGACACGAGGAUUGGCAACGAAGACCAAUUCAAAAAUAUGGUCCGCCGCUGUAACCAGGCAGGAGUCAGAAUAUACGUCGACGUGAUCUUGAACCACAUGACCAGCAACUUGAAGAUCCAACAUGGUACAGCUGGAAGUGUGUUCAACUACGGCGAACGAAGGUACGACGGUAUCCCUUACAACAGGUCCGAUUUCCAUAACAAUGCCUCCUGCCACAGCAAGUCUGGAGGGAUUGAUGACUUCAAUGAUGCAUCUCAGGUCCGCAAUUGCGAGUUGCUUGGUCUGCUAGACUUGGAUCAAAGCAGAGAGCACGUGCGAGAAAGGGUGCUGUCCUUCCUGAAUCGCUUGAUCAGCUACGGCGUCUCUGGCUUCCGAGUUGAUGCUGCGAGGCACAUGUCUCCACAGGACCUCAGUGUCAUAUACGGACGACUGCAGAACUUGUCAACCGAGUUUUUUCCUCCGCAUAGCCGUCCCUUCAUCUACCAGGAAGUCAUCGACAUGGGUCACGGAGGGCCGAUCACGAAAUGGGACUACAAUAGUAUCGGAAGGGUCACGGAGUUCCUGUAUGGUGCUAAGUUGACGGAGGUGCUCCUCAGGAAGAACGGUCAGAUGUUGAAGUAUCUAGACAGUUUCGGAGAAAGCUGGGGAAUGCUACCCAGCGGUGACGCGGUGGCAUUCAUCGACAAUCACGACAACCAGCGCGGCCACGAGGCAGACGCUCAAGUGUUAAGCUUCUUCUCGCCACGGUUGUACAAAAUGGCGACUGCGUUCAUGCUGGCAUGGCCCUACGGCGUUGCGAGGGUCAUGAGCAGCUACUUCUGGCACAGGAACUUGGUGAAUGGCAAGGACCUCAAUUAUUGGAUAGGACCUCCAAUGGAUGGUGAGGAGAAUAUCAAGUCGGUGAUCACUUACCCGAAUAACACGUGCGGCAAUGGGUGGAUCUGCGAGCAUAGGUGGCGACAAAUUUACAACAUGGUUAAAUUCCGGAACGUGUCAGCUCUCGAACCGGUCUCACACUGGUGGGACAACGGCUACCAGGCAAUCGCUUUCGGGCGGCGAAGUCGGGCGUACAUUGUUAUCAACCACGAAGACUUCGUCAUCAGCAGAAUCUUCGAUACUGGAAUGCCAAGUGGAACCUAUUGUGACGUCAUUUCCGGAAGCAAAAGUGGACGCACGUGCACGGGACGACAAGUACUCGUGGACUCUCAUGGACACGCGGACAUUACAGUUGACAACAAAUGGGAGGAUCCCAUGAUAGCCAUCCACGUGGAAGCGAAGCUGUGAGGCGAUGAGCAGCCAGACGGCUCCAAUUGCAGUGAAAUUCACUUCGAGUGCUUGUGUAGUAUUCCCAACACGUGGCGGAUAGGAAACUGUCAAUAUGACCAAACUAACACGUGCCAUUACGUGACAUCGUGGAGAUACUUCACUACUAGACUUCUUAAGAAGUCCAUGGUGAAUUUUUGUUCGCAGGGUUCUCGUAAACCUGGCUAAAUUUCUACACGGGACAUGUACAGGCGUGUUUCCCUCGAGAUUAUGUGGGGAAUGACAUAUUCUUUGAAGGCUUGACGCGAUCCACUGAUUUUUGGCGAAAUAAAGCUUGCCAUAUUUUCAAUACUUGGGAGUCUAUGGGAGAUGCAACAAAAUCGCUUCUUUCGGCCCGCGCGCCCGGGAUAUUUGGGCCAAAAUGAUGUCAUUCAAAUAGUCGGGGAAUAGAUUGCAAUCAACAAAAUCGACAAGUUUACUGCAGUUUUCCAGAUCCCUGCGAAUUAAAACAAUGGCUUUGUUGUUUGCCAUCAUGUUCUGCAGUCUGUCGGCGAUUACAUUACUUCCUUAAAGAGCGGGGGGGGGGAAAACAAAGCGAAGAAAACAAUUUUGUGGUGGUGCGGCCAACUCUCUCCCGAAACGAACAUUAACUGGACCGCAUGAGUCCGCCUUAACGAUGCAUAACUUAUUCCGAACUUAGGAAGGGAGUUGCCUCAGGACAGAAGCCGCCGAUAUUUCGAACAGAGACUGUUCAGAGAAGAAUAUCGGCGGCUUCUGUCCUGAGGCAACUCCCUUCCUACAUCUCUACCGGUUCGAGACUGUUCAGAGAAGAACAGUCUCUGUUCGAAAUAUCGGCGGCUUCUGUCCUGAGGCAACUCCCUUCCUACAUCUCUUCCGGUUCGCUGGAUUUCUACCCAUCUUAUUCCGAACUUGUUCUUGGAAGCAUAACUUCAGAGGUACACCGUUGAAGCUGUCAUAUUUGCGGUGUGCAUCAUUAUACUUACACCCUGUAUUCAGUUCUUUCUGUUUCGUUCUUGGUUUGAACCCGUCUUUUCUGGUAGUAAAGCGACAGUCCAUUCCCGAGCCAACGCUGAGUAUUGGUGCUCCACGAUUUCCUAUGAUGCUCCAAAUCAACCUGAUAACCAUUUCUACUAAAUCCGCCGCCAAUAAAUUAUGAUUGAAUUCUGUGGCCAGUGUUCUCCCUCCUGUGAUUUGCCACAUUUUUUUUUUCCUUCUGCACCAUGGAACAUCACAGGCUGAGUCACUAUAUACUGCCACCCAGAUCAUCAAUACAUAGCGGAGAGUGUGAUUGUGUACCCGAUAUGCUUAAGAACACCAGUUGCAAUUUUUUAUUUGUUUCACAUACUUAUGGUUUAGAUAGUUACCGGUCGUGCAUCACUAUGUGUGGAUUGCAUGCACAACUACACUGUAGAAUUUUGAAAGAAGUAGAAACAAAAAAACAUGGUGCCUUCGAGAGAGGAUUGCAUAUCCCAUACAACUGUUUAUUGAUUUCUAGUUAUUAUUUGCAUUUCACUUCAUUUUGGGAAGAGAUAAGCUAGGCGCAAAAGAGACAAAAUCCGGAGGGGGGCACCACUUCAGCAGUGCACGGGCAAUCCGUAUAAACACAGCUAACAGAAAGAACGACACUGAUCAAGUACAAGUUUAGUAAUGCUAUACGUCAACGAGCUGUUUCAUUUCAAGUUAGUCUGUGCAGUUUCAGUGUUUGCAGUGUUUCUGUGUGUUUCAGUUCAACUUCACUGCCAUGUUGUAGGACUGCGCGCUUUGAGCUGCUUGUAUCUCUGUAAACGUUAGGCGUGCUACGCGCAGAAACAUAAAUUCUUCAUGUUAU